GACUCGAGUCCUGACCUUCCGAGUUACACCCGCCCGAAUCUACACCACCCCGUGAAGAAAAAACAACGCCGUUAGACGCGGUGGGAAGAAAAAAUGGCGUCCGUUCUCCAUGUCCUCCUCCGAUUACAAGAGCGGAAAAGUCAUCUACCUGCUAGUCUGGAAAGCGCCCGCAGCGGACUCGUGAGUUGGUGCAGACGGUCGUCACAUCGGAGGCCAGGAACGGUUCAUGGGGAGGAAGGGAAACGUCGUCGACCCCGACGAACCGAAUUAACUUUUAGAACACCUGGCACCUGCCUUUUUUGCCCUCCCGGUGAAAUUGGUGCCGCCGCUGAUGCUGACUGCUGGCGCGGUAAGCUUGUUUGUCUUGUUUCAAAAAUUGCGAGCAACCGAGGACCGCGAAAAAAUAAAACUCAAACGAAACAUGAACGAGUGCACGAUACAUUCACCUUUGUACGAACGAGAAGUAAAUCGAGUCACUCUUUCUCUUAGCGGAAUGAAAAGAAAAUCAAAAAAAAAACAAGAAAAAUGAAAAAAUGAGGAAAUGAAAAAAAAAAAAAAACUCGACGCAUCGUACGACAAGGCUGGAUACGAUAACCCCGGGCGACUCGGGAGUAACUUGGUGCUGGAUGAGGCGUAUCGUACGUUCGCCAUCUCGGUGUAUAUUACACCCCGUUACUGCCAAACGUAUAUAUAUGGCGGUGAGAAUAAACGCAAUUUAUUGCACCGAGAUAAUAUAAUAACAAUUCGCUACAUUGUAUUUCAUCGAGUGAACCAAGGUAUAUCUUAUCUCGAUUUCAGUUCCAGCAAUGUGGCAGGAGGGGGUGGGCAGGCAUGAAAUAAGUGCUGAUACCUAUAGAAAAUAUACAGUAUGCAGUUUCCGAUGCUCCGUGAAACGGGAAUUCCUCGGAAUGACGGGAGAGGUAAGAGGAGAAAAAUGAAAAAAAAAAAAAAAAAACAUUACGAGCGUACAGCUGCUAUUUCAGAAAUCUUUGAUCUCUGAUAUUCCCGAGCCGGAAGUGGUCGUGUCGAGAUCCGAAAACUCUACCGACGCAUCCGUGAAUUCCCGAAGCACGCGUUGCUAAAACAAUCGACGGCUAACUUGAUCCGUUGUUUUCUCGAGUGCAAAUUAAUGAAGGGAGAGAGCGAGUCGUAAAAAAAAUUGAAUCGCCCCCACGGAGUUAGCCGGGGAAAGACGCCGGGGCAAAAGAAAAAUAAUAUAGAAAAGAGUAGAUGUAGAGAAACAGCGAAGAGUAGAAGUAUAGAAAGAGAGGAGGGCACGCUAUCAAUCGGGGUUCACAGGGAUGAAAAUUCAGCUAUGACAGUUUGGUCCAAACAGACCAUCGCGGACGAGCUUUCGUUGUGUACCCCAUACCCAUACACUCCGUAUAGUCAAAGUUGUGCGCAGACGAAAAUGCGAAAGGGAUGCUGCGCUGUACCUCGAUUUCAUCCACCCACGAGCUAAGCCAGCAUCCGCAUUCCCCUCUCUCUCUCUUCUCGCCACUUCUCUCUCGUUCGCUCUGAAAACCGAGUGGGAUGCUGUUUCUCCCUCUGAUUUUGCUCUCUCUGACGGCGCUCCCUCGGCUCUGCACAAGCUCGCAGUCUGCCGGCAACUCUUGCGUUGACGCCAUCGCUUCGCUAGCGAGUAGCCGUUAUCCGGCGUGUUAUUCUUCGGCACCCCCUCGCACACCGAAUAGCGCGGACGUUUAUCGAGGCCCCCUAACGAAAAGAGAAAGUAAAGACAAGAAAAAAAAAAACAAACGAAAGAAAAAAGUAAAAAAAAAAACAAAAAAAAGGCACGACAAUCAUACUUAAUUAAAAAGUGACAACGUCCGGCGUUGCCGAAUUAUAUGUAUCUAUGUGUACGCAGGGUAUUCUACGUGCCCCUAAAUGUGAUGCUCAUUGUGAAUUGAAGAAACCCUGUAUGAUAUUCACCGAGCUUAACUUUUAGGAAAAGGACUGUACAACGUAUAUUUAGGGAGAAAAUUUCAAAAGAGAAACAACUUUGAUACGAUUUUCAUUGGAUUCUGAUUCAAUAUCAAUUAGGAUUGUAACGGAUGUGGUUGUCGGUAAAAGGGAGGUGCGGCUCGUACGAGGUUGAAAUUAUUUGCGCAGAAUGAAAUUGGAGCUUUUAUACCACUACUCCACGAAGGAGUAGAUAAAGUAAUAUCGUUUACCCGGUAAAGGCGCGUUGAUCUCCGACGAACCGUAAUAAGUUCAGUAGAAAACCGGCGUUGGUAGUCGGACGCGUUAUACUAAAUCCCCAUUGCGGGGACCUACGAUCGUGAUGUUUUAGUGGAUGCGUUUAUUCGAGCGAGGGUAUCAUUAAAACGUUAAUUAUAGCCACGCGGUGCUCUUCAAUUGAUUGAAGAAUUAAUUGGAUAAUUGAGUGACGUUCAAUUCCAUGUGUGUCAAACAUCGGAUCGAGUGUUAUUGACAGCCGCGCGUAAUAUCGACAGCUCCUGCGACCAGAUAACUCUUCGAUAAUUUCAUUAGAAAGCGAAAUUUUCACUCUCCCGCAGGGUGCGCGUCCCAACAGACUUGAAUAUCGAAAACGACCGGAUAAAAAGAUAAAUAAAUUACGUAAUGGAAAUCGCAAGCUCAUCGCGUUAUCGGUCGGUACUGGUAGCUUGGAGAUGAAAUUAAAUCGAAUACCUUACACAAAAAUUGAGAGGAAGAGUUAAACGUGUGAUUUACUACCUGGAAGCUUUCCGCGGGUCUUAUAAAAACGAUUCCUUCUUCGUUGAUUCUUUUUAUAAUUGAAUAACCAUUGAAAAGCAACCGAGAAUUCAUGCGAUUACUAAACAAUAUGAUUAAAGAAAAGAUCACAAGUAAUGUUGUCUCGUGAAUCAUUUCAUCGAUAAGUGCUCUCGUACGAAACUUUCGCUAUGUCACAUGUUUGAAUUGAAUGAAAUAAUAUAAAAAGAAAUUAAUACGACUCCGCGGUACGAUGGUGGGAUCGCGUGGGGGAAAUCGUGUGACUUCGUCGCCGGAAUAAAGUGAUCAGCUAGGAUUAAGGUCACGAACAGAGCGAUCGCCUUUUGUCGUCGACUUAAAACGCCCGGAGGGUGACUUUGACCGAUCGGUCUAACCGCAAUGAGAAUCUGAAGUAAUGUUACGAUGAUGCGAAGCUUUUAUCCGUGGUGCUGUCGCUUGAAUUCGGCAAGGCGUGGUCGUUGCUUGGCGCUGGUCGCCCUCGCAAUAGUCUUUGAGGUUCACGCGCAGGCCGCGGAAUGCCCGCCGACGGAGACGAUCCCUGGGUGCCCCUGUUACAAUUUUGAGGACGGCUUGUUCCUCGAAUGCGCUGGCGCGACCGAAGAGAUGCUGAGAUCUACGCUGCAAGGUGUUCUCAACGCCGGAGGUACGGACACUUUGGUGCAAUCCCUGAGCGUCUACGAGUUAGAUAAGACGGUAGAAGAACUGAAAGAAAUCGCGUUUCCACCUGGUUCGCAAAUAAGAUAUCUCCAGAUAUCUCACUCGGCUAUAAGGGAGGUGAGCGAAUCCGCGUUUAUAAAUCUGAACCAGAGUCUGGAGUCUCUAGCGCUCGUGUCCGGACGACUGCCGCAUGUCCCCCAGAAAGCCUUAGCUGAUCUCCAUAAGCUGGCGGUCCUGGAUCUCGAGGCAAACCUCAUACAGGACUUACCCUCCUUUUGCUUCUACGGUUUGAAGCUGAUGAAACUCAGCGUGAAAGGUAACCAAAUAUCCAAGAUCUCGGAAUACGCUUUCGCCGGGUUGGAAGAGAAUCUGAGUAACCUCGAUUUGGCGGAAAACAAGCUGAAAUUUUUUCCAAUGGCACCUCUGAGAAGACUAGAGAAUUUGGCUUCUCUAAGACUCGCGUGGAACGAAAUAUCCGAGCUACCGAACGACGGAUACUCGACCUUGAGUUCUCUUCUCAUCCUUGAUCUGAGCAGUAACAAUUUUGAGAAACUCCCCGAGGACUGCUUCAGACCCUGUCCAAUUUUGCACACUCUUUCUCUCUACUAUAAUUCCAUAGAGAGCAUUCACGAGGACGCCUUCGUUUCCCUCAAAGAUCUCGAGUCCAUUGACUUGAGCCACAACAAGAUCGUUUUCCUGAACGUUGCCACAUUCAGAGGGAACGAACGCCUCCGCACAAUAGAGCUCAGCCAUAAUCACGUUCACAACAUAGGUGGGGUUUUCGCAAAAUUACCGGAACUCCGAGAGUUGUAUUUAGCUGAAAAUAACAUUCUCGAAAUACCGAGCGACGCUUUCGCCGGUAGUAUCAGCCUGGCGGUGCUCUACCUCCAGCAGAAUGCGAUACGGAGGAUAGACGCCAGGGGACUUGUAACGUUGCAUCAGCUGGCUCAGCUACACCUGAGCAACAAUUAUAUAGAGAAAGUACCUAAAGAAUUUUUCGAACACUCCGAGAAUCUCUCCUCACUGUCAUUAGACGGUAAUAAGAUUCGCGAGUUGGAUGUCGGCACUUUUUCAAAGUUGCGACAACUGCGCGAACUGCGACUCCAGGACAAUCAAAUAAAGGAGGUGAGAAGGGGAGUGUUUUCGCCACUUCCGGUACUCCUGGAACUUCACUUGCAGAGCAACGCUAUAACGGAUAUGGAAACCGGAGCUCUGCGAACUUUGCACAGUCUUCAGCAUGUCAAUUUACAGGGGAAUCUCCUCACGGUUCUCGGGGACGUAUUUCAGCUUUCUUCGGGUGAUUCGAAUGCCGGUACGGGCUCGGCCGGAAGCUCCUUGGUUUCCAUUCAACUGGACAGCAACGGACUCGGCGUUUUACACAACGAUUCUCUGCGCGGGCAAGCCUCCGUUCGCAUCAUGUGGCUCGGUCAUAAUAAAUUGACGCAUCUCCAAGCUCCUCUGUUUCGGGAUCUCCUCCUCGUCGAACGACUUUAUCUCACCAAUAACUCCAUAUCACGCAUCGAAGAUGCGGCCUUUCAACCGAUGCAAGCUCUGAAGUUCCUCGAGCUGAGCAUGAAUCGUUUGACUCACGUGACAGCAAGAACUUUCUCGGAACUCCACGAACUCGAGGAAUUGUAUCUACGUGACAACGGUCUCAGACGUUUGGACCCGUACGCAUUGACGGCACUGAAGAAGCUCAGUAUUCUCGAUUUAUCGGAUAACCACUUGUCGGUUCUUCAUCACGCAAUAUUUCAGGAAGGGCUUCCGAUAAAAAUUCUCAACCUGAGAAAUUGUUCGAUCGCAAGCGUGGAGCACGGUGCUUUUCGCGGUCUUGGAAACCUGACCGAUCUCAAUCUGGAGAACAAUGCGCUGACAGCGUCUGCCCUGCAACGUUUGAAUAUUCCUGGACUCCGCGUAUUAGCUGCAUCUGGAAAUAAUUUUAGCCAGUUGUCCGAGCACAGUUUCAACGGUCUACCGUCUCUCCAGGAUCUAUUCCUGGACGAAGCUCACUUGAAUCAACUACCGGAGAAUAUUUUCUCCAUGAACAGAAAUCUCACCAGAAUACACGCGAGCAAAGAUUCGUUAGGAAUUUUACCACCCGGCAUAUUUGACGGAUUAUUAUCAUUGAGAGAGAUAAAGUUGGACGACAACAGAUUCCUGGAGAUACCCUACUCGGCCCUUUCCAGUGCUCUGAAUCUGGAAAUCUUAUCACUCGCACGUAAUAUCCUGGUCACGGUAGACGUAGCGAGUUUCGCGGGAUUGAAAUACCUGAGAGAACUGGAUUUGAGUAAAAAUCAAAUCGUCACGAUGUCCGGAUUUGCUACCGCCAAUUUGUCUCGCCUUUUGUCGGUAGAUCUGAGCCACAACCACCUCAACGCUCUUCCGGCAAACUUUUUUGUCCAUUCUUCGAUGUUGAGGCGAGUCGAUGUCUCGGAGAACAAGUUUCGACAAAUUCCAGCGGUGGCUCUUUCCGGACAAAAUCUACCGAGUCUCGCUUGGCUGAAUCUCACAAGGAACCCGUUGAACAGAAUUCACGAUCUUCCGUCCGAAGCGAUGUACCCGAUGCUACAAGAGAUCCAUAUAUCCGGUACCAACUUGAGCAUCGUAACUUCGCAAGACUUUGAAGCGUUCCCAGCACUUCUGCAUCUCAUUCUCGGGCAAAAUAGCAUCUCGAGGAUUUCACCGGGCGCUUUUAGAAGCCUACCAAAUUUACUAACUUUGCACAUGGGAAUGAAUAUCUUGGAAAGCGUACCGCAGGAAAGACUUCAAGGUCUCGAACAUCUUCGGAUACUCAAUCUUACUCACAACAGAUUGAAGGAAUUAGAAGAAUUUCCGUCUGAUCUGAAAUCUUUGCAAGUAUUGGAUCUGUCGUACAAUCAAAUUGGAAUCGUAGGAAAGGUGACAUUCAAGAAUUUAAUCAGCCUAGUUGAGUUACACUUGUACGGAAACUGGAUCAACGCCGUAUCAAGCGAAGCGUUCAGACCUUUGAAGAAGCUUCGAUUACUGGACUUGAGUAGAAAUUACUUGGAAAAUUUGCCACUCAACGCCUUUCGCCCCCUAGAGACGCAGAUACGGAGUCUGAGAGCCGAAGAAAAUCCUUUGCAUUGCGGCUGCGACUCUCAAGAGGUAUGGGAAUGGCUGCGGGAUCAUCAAAAAUUGGUCGGCGGUGUCGGUCGAGGAAAUGGUAGAGGCAGUGGUGGUGUCGGAGUGGGCGACAAAGAGGGAGGAUUGCUGCGUUGCGAACAACCCCCGGAACUUCGCGGUCUUGUGUUUCUGGACCUUGACCCGCACGCCUUUUGCUCGGCACCUUUGGUCCUUAAACUCGCUAUUCAAGAUAUCCAACCUUUUUCCGUCCUAGUUUCGUGGCAGAGCCGCAAUCACUCGGGUCUUCAUGGAUAUCAAGUGGCUUAUCACGCUUUGGACAACGUAGAUGAGGUCCGAGGGAAGCUACUUGAUCCCAAAACACGCUCGGUCAAACUAUCGAAAUUGGCAUCCGACACAAGGUAUCUCAUCUGCGUACUGGGACUCGGCAGCUGGGGGAGUCCAGUUCCCGAUGGUACCCUAUCCUGGCAAUGGAACGCUUCCCGCGAUGACGUUAUCGAAGGGUCAGCACUUCCGGUGAUGGUCGAUUCCCCGAUGAGCCGAUGCACCGAAGUUAGGACUCUGGACGCUCCAGAUUCGAUCGUCGGCGACGGACCCGUAGGUGAUCGUGGAGGUCUGGCGAGCAUCCUGACCCGAAGAUUGGGUCUAAUCGUCGGAAGCUGUAUGGGUUUCGUCGUUUUCGUGGUUUUAGUUUCAGUGCUGGGUUACAUGAAGAUGAAAAAGCAGCGUGCAGCUAUAAAAAGAGAACAACCGAUCCCGACAAACCCCCCGGAGUACAUGUCGUACCGACAUUUUUCAUUGCAGGGUGUUGACCGGGCGGAAAACGCCUGCCCGAGUUUUAUCAGCAAUAUUGGUACGACCUCUUUAAAUUCGUAGCCCAAGGCCUCCAAGUCUCACCGAAGUCCUAGCGAGCACGAGAUAGAAAUGAGUAAUAUUUCAAAUUGCAGUCAGAUAUUUCGUUGAAUAACUGAUCAUAUGUAUCGUGCUUUGUAAUACGACUCGAAUAUUUCCGUGAGGUUGGAGGCAAUUUUUUCACAACGACCACCUCGACAAUUGCAGAACUAUCUAUGCCACUGAGUUGCGAAGAAAACUUGGUGUAUACAUAUGUAGGACAGUGAGUGCGAAGAUGAUGCCGAUAUGGAUUAUUUACAGUUGUUUGCACAAGUGAAGUUGACAAUCUCACAGGUGAGACGAGGUCACAAUUGAACGACGAACGAGUACAACUGGCACAAAGGUAUGAAUUCUGAAGUAGGGUAAAUUGAAUAUUUAUUAAGCAGGUACCAUCAAAGGUCACAAGGGAUGAUAAAUAUAUACAAGUAAAAGACAUCGUAAAGUGAAGGGAAAGUGUGUGAAUAUACGUAUAUAUACAGGAACAGUUCCGGUCAAACGAAUUGAAAUUUUUGUUAAAAAAUAAUACCCAAUAAUAAUCAGAUUUUAGAAAUUCAUACAAAACAAUGAAGUGUUCGAUGUACUGUACACCGAACGUGAGUGCAAAAAAAAAAAAAAAAAAUUGUUCAACAACAAAAUAAUUAAAUAGUUUAUGUAUACAACGAUAUGAUGAAAAAAUAAUUGAUUUUUGAAUUUCGUACAAAGACUGAUAUUUUGAAAUUUUAGUUAACCGUGUUAACAAUAUACCCAUCGUUGGUGUAAAUUAGAAAAUACAUAUUUGUAAAUAUGAACUAUAUCGAUAUAGAGAACAAUGAAAAAAAAACUAUCGAACCGUCGAACUACUCAAAGUUACACUCACCCACCAUUCGAAAGCUGUCGCAGAGAACGACGAAAAAAAAUUGUGUAGAUAUAUGAUAUGUGAUAUAUUCGCAUAUGUAUGUGUAAAAAUUAUAUGUACGUACACAAGGUAUCUAUAGCGUCCAAUGACAAACUCUUCGCUCUUCGCCAUUCCGACGCCCGGCGACUUGGUAUUUAGAAUCACAGUAGGGUUGACAUCUAAGCCAUCCCGAUUCCCGGGGCAUGUUUCAAAAGUCAAGGAGCCGUGGUUUAGGAUUUCCGGGGACCAGGGGAAGGGGGUAAGAGACUUGCUUACAUUUCCAACGCGAACCAAGUUACGGAUAAUGGGGCCCAGCCAGUGGAUCUGACCGGGCGUCGCCCAUUCCCUUUCCCAAAGCCGACUAAUUCCACCCCGAAACACUGAACACAGUCUUGGAGCCGAGACCGAACCGAUCCAAUAUCGCCCCUCGGCAGUUAGAAAGAUGCCCCCGGUAAACGCGUAACGAGAAUCUAAUCUCAAGAAAAUUACGUCCCUACUAACAGGAGACACAGAACCCUGCGGGUGAACGAUCCAUGAAAAAAAAAAAAAAAAAAAAAAACCACAGAGAAAUGAUCAAUCAAAAUGAAAAUUGAAUAAACAUUUGUGAUUCCUGCCAAAAUGUACUACAUUGAAUUACCAAUAUACCUAUAUAACGCAGUAAACAGAUAUAUUAUUAUGACGAUACGGAGAAAAAGGAAAAAUAAACAAAAAAAAAAAUUGAUGACACAAGUAUGUAUAUAGAUAGGUGAAUACAUAGCGUUCUAUAUCAUAGUAUUAGGCUUUCAGAUAAUAAAAGAAAAUCAUGAGAAUGAGGA